AUGCCGUCACUCCGGGCCUCCCUACCCCUUAGAAGUUCAGAUUUUGAUAACAACACAACAAAAGAAAAGGUAAACAUUAGACCUGGUCGGAGAACGAGCGAAAGAGUAAGAAAGAGCCUUGGAAGUUGGAAAAGUACAUUGGCUCAAAGUAAGAAACCUGAUAACUCACACGGCAAAAAAUCAUGCUCUACAUCCUUUGAAAUCUCGGGAACUUCCCCUACACUAAUUAACAAUCUUCACAAGAGGCGCCGAUUGACUCGGGACCUCAGAAACGCUCAUCAUCGUUUAGAGCCAGUAAACCUACAGGCUUCACACUCAGAAAGUCGAUGCUCUCCUCGAUUUCUUCCUGCUGACAAAUAUGAGUUCAGUGAUCCACGUUCGUUAAUUUGGAAAGGAAGAUCUUCAAAUUUUGCUGUGGUUGUGCCAACUCGAUCCCUGGAUGUUAAUAAAUCUAUCUCGCAAGGACCACAUUCCAUUAAAUACUCUCUUUCAAGCCGCAAAACGAUAGAAACUAGGCUUCAAAGUUAUUCUGAAAGGACUUCAUCCGAUGAACUGAGCUCCUCUCGUGUCCAUUCACAAAAUAACUACAAAGCUCUUCAUCAGCGGUCCACUCGUGCUACACAAAAUAAGCUUUUUCAGGGCUCUAGCAGAUCUCUUAUGUCAAAUACGCUGAAAGAAUUAAAUCCAAUCAAACCGAUCACAAAAGAUGACAGCGAUACAGAAUCUGACACGUCUACUCACUCCAGGCAUUCUACAAGUAGCGAUGGAAGUGAAAUACUGGUUCAGGAGGUCGACAAUUCCCAAGAUGAAGACUAUAUAUUUGACAACUCUCAUGAUGAACUCUACAACUCUUCAGAUUCAAAAGAGUUCGAAAUUGAAGAUCAUGAUUCAAUUAGUGAUUCCAAUGAUUCUGAACCUAGUAAAAAUUGCGAUUACUCAUCGAGUGAAGAACUGAAGGGUAAAAAAAAUACCGAGAAUAACAAGUCUAAGAAAUUUUCUUCAAUUUCCAAAAAUUCUCAAUCAAAAGAAAAAGAAAAUGUCACAUAUCAAUCCUUAAAAAAAAUGCAUACGAUUUCAUCUAAAAAAUACUUUGACAGUUGGGCCGGAUUCAAGCUUGGGUAUGACAAUUCAAGGGAGCCUCUGGCCACUAUCGACUCAAUCUUUGAACAUUUAACUGGCGAGUUUGUUAAAAAUAAUUUGUUCACUUCCAUGAUCGAACAUCUUAACGGUCGAUCUCUUAGAAUUGCCACAAUGUGCUCAGGCACGGAAUGUCCAGUAAUUGCGUUGGAGUUUAUCUGCGAAAUUCUCGGAAAGAUGGGUGAAACCCUCAAUUUCGAGCAUGUAUUCAGUGCAGAAAUCGAACCCUUCAAACAAGCUUACAUCAGUCGAAACUAUCCUGAUUUGCUUGUUUUUCGGGAUAUAUGUGAACUUGCCCGCUCAUAUGCCGCCAAUAAGAUGGCUACAACUGCACUAGGAGGGCUAGCACCCGUACCUGGAAAUAUUGACUUACUCGUAACUGGGUUUUGCUGCGUUGAUUUUUCGAAUUUGAAUAAUUGCCCCAAAACUCUUAUGGAAAGAGGAGAAUCAGGUGAUACAUUCUGCGCAACAGUAGCUUUCAUCUUGAAAGGGAAACCAAAAAUUGUUAUCUUCGAAAAUGUACUGGGUGCCCCCUGGUCUGACGAAAAACUUCGAAAUGAUCAAAAGUCCAAGAUUAGGUCCCAGUACCAAAAGAAGAUGAAAAAAAAACUUGGAGACAGUGAGCUUGAUGACCUAUAUGAUUUAUUGGUAAGGGAAGAAAGGAUUGGAGAAGGUAUCGAUUCUACCAUGGAGAAAGCCGGAUACUCAUGUCAGCUUAUAAAAAUUGACACCAAGGAUUUUUAUAUCCCGCAAACUCGCCAGAGAGGUUAUAUGCUAUGUGUUCGAAAUGAUAUAUUAGGAUCCAUCGAGACAAAAGCUAGCGAGAGUAGAACUAAAGUAAUCGCUAAGAACCAGAUGGAAAAAUGGGCAGCAUGUGUUUCUUCCUUUAAGCAUCCAGCCACCGUAUCCUGCGAGGAGAUGCUCUUGGCUGUUGCCGAUGAAACUGCUGUUCCUGUUGAACGAUUGGAAGAGAUAGAAGAGGAAAAAGACAAGGUCAAAGCCUGGGUACGGAGCGCUGAGGAGCAUACACGCUAUCGAACUGACUUAGGUCUUGGAUCUAGUCGUCCUUUAACUUCAUGGCUAGAGUCUGGAUGGAAAUUAUUACCUGAUUUUCAUGCAUCAACGAAGAUUUUCACUGAGCGAGUUUUGGACUGCCUUGAGAUAGCGCACUUGAGAAAUGUACGGCGGGGCUUUGAUGAUCGGUACUACUCGCGUAUGCUUGAGCUUUCUCAAAAUUGCUUCAGGGUUACUGAUAUAACCAAGACAGGAAUUAUGCCAUGUUUAACUCCCAGUGGAAUACCCUUUUGGAGCUGCGCAGGCCGUCGUUUGACAGGGAGAGAGACAUUGACACUUCAGGGUAUUCCUGUUCACAGGAUUGAUCUUUCUUUCCUAACGGAGACCCAAUUACGCGAUCUCACAGGAAAUGCCAUGAGCUCUACUGCGGUUGGCGUUUGCAUUAUAUCGGCCCUACUAAAUUUUACUAAGUAUCUUGAGCCAGGAUUUGGAAGGAAGAGUCUGCACCAAAAAGCCAAUUUUCCAAAUUUCGAAGAAAAAGAUUUACACUUUUCUGAAACGGAUCCCGAGACAACUAAAAUAAUUAUUUCUGUAUCUGAUGUAAUAAAACAUGCUGGCAUGAGUGCUAAACUCUGCUGGUGUGAAAAAAGUGACGAGAUUUUGAGUAGAAAGUUUAAAAAAUGUUGUAUAUGCCAGCAUACAAUCUGUCAACUUCAUGCUGGAAACCCUAAGCAUGAUUACAAAAUUUUAACUUCAUCCAGAAGUCCUCCUUAUAAAUUUGAGAGGAUCUUGAAUCAAGCUCUUCCAAAAAAAAUUAGUUUGAGCUUUGUGGCGGAUAGAAUAUCAAUAGAAAACUUUCUACCAAAGGACCAGUACGACUUUGAAAUCGAUCAGCUGCAGAGUAUUUAUUUUAAAUCGCUCAAAUCAGACUUUUGGCUCACAAAAAUUAAGCGUUCUGAUAUCUGGGAAAUUUUUUAUGAGUCUUCGUCUGCAAGGUAUAUACUAAAUAUUUCUGCAACAUCAGUUGAGUGGCUCCUUUACGCCAAGCCCCCUCAGCAUCUAUCUGUCGAAAAUUCUACACGUCAGCACUUAGCAAGAUAUCCAAUCGCACAAAUGACACCUCACUUAAAAGAUAUUACGUAUGGCUCAUGGUCGUUCUGGGUUCCUGCGCGCCGAACAAUAUCUGCAAGAAUUGAGUGGACAGGAGAACUUGUGCCAUCCUUUAAAAACGAUAUUGGUUUAGCGGACGAUCAUGAAGUUGAAAUUUUUAGCAUCUGGCGUGUGCACGUGGAUCAUGAUGCUGAUCUUCUAGAUCUCAGUGGAGAUUAUCAUCUUCAAAAAAAUUGUGGCCAGGCCAUGAAUUCUCUCCAUGUCCGCAAAGAAUCUGCCACUCGUCCACGGUUAUUCUUAUUUUUGGAUCAUGAUAAAAAAACAGGAGACUAUAAAGAGCAUCACUACAUUUUUAGCUUAGAUGCUAGGGAUCUCGAAUAUGGUAUACAUAGAAGAGUUAUAGCUCGCCUUCCAGCCUACAUUGGCGAGCCUGAAGUCAAAAAAAUUCCCUGUGGUUUGUCUUUUAAGUACAUGAUAUAUCGCAUGAAUCCGCUCGAGAAUCCUAAUAGUCCUGAGCAUGCGACACUCACAAGCGAGCCACCCAAUUUGUCUCAAUUAGGAGUAAAUGUAACUGUUGACGGAAAUUGGUACAAGGUUCCGAUCCGCAAUCUUUCUUCUGAUGCCGAUAGUAGACUUCAGGGGAAAGUUACGAUAAGUUAUGGCAAUUUGUUAAAUCCUGAGGCUCUUCAUUCUUUAAAUCAAGGCUCAUGUUUGCAGUCAAAAGCUGUGUUCACGUGUAAAGCCAAAGUGCCUUCACACAUUCCCGAACUCUUCCAAAAGGGGGUUUGGAAUCAAGUUUCAACUAAAAAUAUGCGGGAUGUCUUCCAUCAUUUAUAUGGUUUUCUAUCUGACGGUCUAAUAAUACCUUUUUACAUUGAGGAGAAAGAAGAAUGGCAUAAACUAACAGCUAAUCAAAUAAACCGAUGCAGUAAAUGUGCACCAGUUCCCCCUCCAAUUUUGUGGCACUUAAAUGAAAAGCAGAUUCCCAAGCCAUUUGAAAACCUUGCCCAGGCCUGUGAUUACGAGAAAAAUUUGAAAAAUCGACCUGCGACAAUGUCGCAAAUAUUUAUGAUCGACGAUAAAAAUAUUCUCACCUAUAAGAUUGGGAUUAACUUUCAGAGCUUGAUUCAUCGAGCAGCUUCUAUUUUCACGACUGGAAAUAUAACUUCUUCAUGGCGCUUCAUUACUGACAAUCACACUAUGACUAGGCCUCCAAUGCCAACAUUCAAGAUAAAGGACACUACAGAUAUGACUCCAAUACAGCAGUGGAAGAACGAAAAGUACCCCCUCCGCCUUGAGCAGCGUCGAAGUAUUGCCUGGCAAAUAAGACGUGAAUUAAACGCCGAGAUAUUUGUGGAACAAGAAAUAGUAGAGGAUGGUAUUACUCAUAUAGGCUAUCAGGCCUUAGCGAAAGCCUCGCGCGAAUCGAAAGUGUUAGGAGGUCUCCUUGCUCAUGAAGUAGGUUUCGGUAAGACGAUUAUCAUCCUAGCUUUGAUCGGUUACCAAACUGAUUUUGAUCGCUCAUGGGGCGAGAAAAUCAACGAUGAGAAAAUUUAUUCAAAAGCUACUGUUAUUUUUGUCCCAUCAAGUCUUACGACCCAGUGGGCUAAUGAGAUCAACAAGUUCUUGCCACACUUUACCAAAAUUCUUACUAUUAGAAAUAUGAAAGAUCUCCGAGGAUGUAACAUUGAACAAAUUAAGAACGCUGAAAUAAUAAUCGUAAACAGUGGUAUUCUACAAAAUGAAGGAUAUUUAUUCGAUUUAUCUCAAAUUUCUGGCAUGCUUGUUCCUGACUGGGAUGCGUCAUCAAGGGCUAAAAAGACAUGGCAUGAUACUGCAGUUACUAACAUCGCAAAAAGUAUCAGGACCUUGAAAGAUGAUUCACAAGACCUUACAUCAUAUUUAAAUCGUAAACUCAACAUCAGUUGGUCAGAGGCACAGGGAACUGAGCGCCCGUACCCAUCUAGACGCUACACGGGGCGGCAAUACAUAGAAAAAAAGAUGAAAGUAACGAAGAAAGAAAUAAACAAGUUAGAAUCUACUAAUGAAACUGAGCCAGGCAAAAGAAAAAGAAAGAUUGGCGAUGAAAAGAAAGAUAGAGGUCCAAUACUAGUAGAGAAUAAAUACCCAAAAAAAGGGCAAAAAUGGACAUCAAUGACCCAUGUUGUUUUUGAAAUGUUUUCGUUCGCUCGCAUAGUUAUUGAUGAGUACCAUUACCUCAGUGCUGGACAAGUGAUAAGUAUUGCAGGUAUUGAGAGUAAUAGUAGAUGGCUACUCUCAGCAACGCCCCUUUUGGAAACAUUUGAGCAGUUCAAACAGAUAGCUCAAAUUCUUGGAAUCUACCUAGGAAGAGAUGAUUUCUCAACCAUGGCCCCAGAGGUUUUCAGAGCAAGAAUGUCAGACAUGACUACAAGUGAACGAUUUCUCGCUUUCGACAAGCCAUCAUCGCCUGCUUGGCUAAAAGCACGAUAUAAACAGAUGCAGCUAUUUUUAGACACCUUUGUGCGCAAAGAUAUAGCUGUUUUGUCAGAUUUUGACACUGAAGAAUGUGUUCAUCUAGUUCAUCAACCAGUCGCGGAGAGGGCUUUUUACAUUGAGCUAGAACAAUUUCUCGCGGCAAACCAAUUCCAAAUGCCAAGAAUGAGGGAGACCAAUUCUGAAAGCGAAUAUCAGAUUCAUCUUACACUUGGAAAAUUUAAAGUAGCAGAGCAAGCCCUCUUAAAUGGAGCAUCAUUCUACAGUGUGCAGGCUUAUACAGCUCAUCAGUUAGACUAUGAAAUCAUGCCAGAGACUAUUGACAUCUCACUCUACAAUCGAACCUUGGAUCUAGAAACCAUCAAGAAGAAAAUAUUUAGGGAUAUGCAGCGCGCUGAAUGGCUCCAAGCUAACUUCUCGGAAUGCAGUGAUAUUCGGAAUUAUAAGUCUUUUAAACACAUGGUCAAAAAUAUUGGUGCUAAAGAUUCACAGGCAUCAGAAAUACUUCGCAAUCUUCUGAUGAAAGCUGAAACUAGGAUGAAAGAAUACAACUGGAAACAUGAUUUCUUUGAACCCGGAAAACACACAUUUACCGAUAAAACUUCUACAAAUUCAAAGUUACCGUAUCCUUCCGGUCUUAUUCAAGAUCAGGGGAAAAAAGUAUCAGCACCUGUACGUUACCUUCGUACGACUACAUCUUCUUUAGAUAAUUCAGUGAAGAGAAUGACUAAACUAGUUCGUGCACUUCGAUAUACAACAAAUGUCAAAGCUGUAUUUCAAAUGACUAACUCAAAGACAUCUGUUCUUUGCGAGAAAUGUUUGCUUGCUAUUACUAAUCCAAAAGAUAGUAUGAUUCUAGGCAGCUGUGGUCAUAUUAUUUGCAGGAGCUGCAGCCUUGAGGCAUCAGGUAAUUGCACUGUUAUAGAAUGUGGAGCAGCCUAUCAAAGCCAUCAGCAGUAUUCAGGUGAAGAAUUUCUCAUAGCGCAUCGGAGUCCGGAUGAAGAAAAAUUAGGUACCAAAGUUGCUGACAUGAUUCGAUAUCUGAAAAAAGUUCCAAUGGAGGAAAAGAUCUUAAUAUUUGUCCAGGAAGAGACUGCUAUCGAAAAGAUAAUGGUGGCCCUAACUGAAGCUCGACUUGCAGCUGUUUUCCUAGGUGGCCGCAACCCUGCUUCGAUAAUUGAUAACUUUCAAAAGGGGAAUCCCAUAGGUGAUGCUCUCGGUGGCCCUAAAACCGAGCGGUCUAUUCUUAUUUUGAAUAUUGGGGACUCAUCUGCGGCUGGAAGUAACCUCACAAUCGCCAAUCAUGUCAUUUUUUUUGCGCCUUAUUUUACGACCGGCUCCAGUGCGUUGCAGAAAUUUAACCAUGCCAUGGAGCAAGGCAUUGGUCGUGCUGUCCGAUAUGGACAGACUAGAAAAGUACAUAUUAUUCACUUUCUAACCAGUCGGACACAUGAUGUUGAUCUAUUUGAGCAUCGCAAGCGCUGCCAAGUAGUUAUAUCUGAUGCAAGCCGCCCUAAUCGGGCGAAAAUAGUCAAGCGAUCAUAUGUCGAUGGCGCUCCAAACGCCAACGAGCUUGCGAAGGCUGAACAUUCGAGUCUGACAUGGUAUAUGCACGAACAUCUAUGA